AUGAGCCGCUUCUGCUCGGACAACAACAACUUUCCCUAUGACAACAACGUCCUAGUACUGGACAUGGUGCUGGGCUCUCUGUGGGGUGUGCCCCAGCCCAUAAACUGGGACAAUGUAGCCAAGCUAGUUCCAGGAUUCACUCCCAAGGAGUGUGCCCGUCGAUUUGAGGAGCUGAAGAGCGCCGGGGGUUUUCUUCACGUGGACAACCACUGUAACGACCUGACAGAAGGGACCACCUCGCCUUCUGACGGCCUGACCGCGCUACUGGACGCUGGGGAGGUGGUGGAGACAGGAGGCAGCCAUGGCAGCAGCAUGGUUACAGCAGGCUCCAAAUCGGCGCCCACAGGCAGGGUUGGUGCUGUGGAGAAGAAAGAGAGAAGAGUCUCAGCAGCAGAGGAGGAUGACAAACCUCCGAAGCUCCAAGAUCCCAACAUGGUCAUCCAUGUGUGCGACGAGACUAAGAACCUGAAGCAGGACUUCACUUGUCCAAGAGAUCUCCUGGUCAAAGAGAUGCGUUACUUUGCAGAGUACUUGUCUGUGGACCUCCAGAGGUGGGAGGAGGUGGACAUCUCCGUCCACUGUGACGUGCAGAUCUUCGACUGGCUCAUGAACUACGUCAGGAGGAACUCUGCAGGGGAGGGGAACAAGGACAAACCCCGCCUCGAGCCCAGCAAUGUGAUCUCAAUCCUGAUCUCCUCCGAGUUCUUGAAGAUGGAUACGUUAGUGGAGGAGUGCAUCCAGUACUGCCACAAACACAUGAGCGCCAUCGUGGCCACACCCUGCAACAUGAACUGCAUCAACAGCAACUUGGCGACGCGCAUCGCCGAGCUCUUUAGCCACAACGAGGCCGACGACAUCAGGGACAAAAAAGACAAGUUCAAGAGCAAAUUGUUUCAGAAGAAAAUUGAGCGUCUCUUCGAUCCAAACUACCGGGGCAGAGAUUCACCGGGAAACGCCUCCACUCUCUACAGGUGCGGUCUGUGCCUCAAGCUGCUGACCAAAGACACGGAGAGGAAGAUUUCUUGCGUUCCAGGGAAAAUCAACAUUGAUGCUCGCGGAGAGAUCGUCUAUUCGCACUCUAAGCAGAAGAGCUGGGAUGUGCACGAAUACAUCCCCGGCCUGUAUGAGGAGCUCAAGUCCUGGGUCCUGGUCUACUGGAGAAUCUGGGGUACCAUCAACUACCUGACCUGCUCCCGAUGCCAGCAGCUGUUUGUGUGUGCAGAGCUGACCCAUUGCAAGUACCACCCAGACAGUGUGCUGUACAUGGGUACUGAGAAAGGCUGGCAUGGUGCAGGAAUGUACCCUUGCUGCAACCAGAGGGUUCUCCGCUUUGACCCGUCCGGUAUGCCCAAGGGCUGUAAGAUGCGCGACCACAUAGUGAACGUCCCCGAUGACGAGACCUGCGACGAGGUGACCUCGACCCAGACCAGAGUCCUCAAUGACCUGCUGCUGCACAGAGACGCAGUGUGUUUGUCACACACACCGCCUGCAGAGGGUUCUGAUGAGAGUCCAUCCAGUGCAGGAAAGGUUCAGGACUGCGAGGUCCUCUUGGAGCCAACACUGCUGGGACCUCUGAGAGGUGACGGCAGCACCUUUUCCCUUUUGAAAAACUGGAGUCUGCAACUGAGGCAGCAGACUCUCCUGUCAGAGGAUGAGGAGUACACCACGGGGUCAGAGGUCACCGAGGAUGAGGUGGGGGACGAAGAGGAGCUGUCCAAGAAACAAGCUGCUAAGAAGGCCAAGAAGGCCCACAGACCUCUGAGAAAACAAAUGUCCUCUCCAAACUUCCAGCGCAAAGACAAAGCAGAGAAAACACUGUCCCGGGACAACACACCUUUCACAGUGAGUGCCCAGAAGAAUAAGUGGGACAGUUCUCGCUCCAUGCGAUACAACCAGGACGCUCAGAGGGAAGAAGACCAGCGUCGUAUGGUGGAGAUCAUCGGCUACCUGACGAAGAUGAGGUUUGGAGAACAGGAGUCGAGCAAAUCAAAGGACACAAAAGAGGGGGUAUCUACUCCAGACUGGAAGCGCAAUUUAAGAGUGGCGCUCAAGCCAGACAGAGUUCAGAGAAGACACCUAGAUCUAAAAUACGCUACGCUCAGAUCCGGACAACUUAAAGAACCCGAUGGGGAAAAGGCUGCCGAGCUGUCUAAGAGACGGGCAUGAAAACUGAC